GACAGUUGAAAGAGAGAACCAUGAACAUGUAGCCUAGGUUUUGCGUUGAUAAUCUCAACAUUUAUCCGUUUAAAUAAAUAGUCAUCAGAAAAACUGAAGAAACCCUGUAUGAAGUAUGCAGUGCUAUUCUGAUAACAAGAUACGAGUCGAGAAUGGUGAGCGCAGUGGGAGAAACCAGAAUUGAAAACUGCGGUGCGCCAGUGAAGGUGAGCAGUCUGAUGGAGAGCCCGUCUUCUACGACCAGGCGUCAGGCCUGGGUCCAGACCAGUCGACAGUGGCUCACCCUGGAAGAACAAGAUCCACAGGGACCAGGACCGUACAUCCAUCCCUCUGCCCACCCCUCUACCCUACAACGACCAGGAUAUACCAGUCCUUCUGUCCCACGGGGACCACCAUACACCCAUCCCUCUGAUCCACACCAGUCUGCAUCAGAGGAUGACAUUUUCUCAGAUGGAUGCUCUGCAGGAAAGAUUGAGAGCUGGCUUCUGGGCUGUGGGCUGGAGACAGGCUCACAGAACUCUAGUCAUCAUCUGACUGUUGAGUCUCUGCUGAAAGCCAACAGUUUUGAAGAUGACCUGAGUCUGGGUGCUGAGGCUAAAGCAUUAAAUGUUGAAGGAGUCUCAGAACUGGGGGUGCUGCUUCCGCCACCCAAACAUCUUCACAGAGGAGGAGCCACCACCAGUACUCCCCGUCAGAUGCUGGCUCUGCCCUUACUCCACCUCUGCCACAGUAUUGCCUCCAGUGGCCUCUCCAACAGCACCAGUAAGACGUCAAGUGUGUCUGAGGUGCUGCAACUGUGUGCAGAGGAUGCAGAGGAGACUCUGUACCAGUUGGGGUUCGGAUGUGACGAGCCUAAGGUCACCGACCGCAUCCCCACCCGUUUCCUCAACUUCCCCUCCCAGCUUCACGGUAUCAACUUCCGCCUCUUCCUCCAGUCCCAACUGUACCGCCUCCGACAGGAAGACCCAGGACUCUCUCUAGCCAGUCGUUUCAGGCAGGUAGAGGUGCUAACAGCCAUGGCCAAUGCCUUCUACUCCCUCUACUCCCACGUGUCCCGCACACCCCUCCAGAAGCUCGCCCCUCCCGAGUUCAGCUUCUCCCCCACCGCCGACAGGCAGACUGGACGGCGCUUCAUGGGAAGCGUUCGCAGCGAACCGAGGUCUCCAGUGGAGCGACUCAAGGACACGGUUUCUAAGAUGUGCCUGUAUACUGGCUCUGGUGGUUCCGCCCGGCUGGGCUCGGACUCUGCCUGCCGUGGUCCAGGACUCUCUUCCGGACCUGGGUCAUCCCCCAAGAAGAGAAGCAGCCUGCCUGACUUGGUGGGACUGGUCCUGGAGAACGCCAAGGCAGAGGCUAUAUCCAGAGACAUGGAGGAGGAUAAUCAGGAUACAGGGGACAGUAAUGGGAUGAGUGCUGCUGCGGACAUGAGUGCUAUCGUGAAGGACAGAGAGACAGAGACACAGGGACAUAGAGACACAGUCAGAGGCAAGGAGUUGGACCAGGGAUCGUCAUCAGACAGGGAUGGGGCUGAUUUAGAGAGGGAGAGAGACACCGACAGAACUCGCAAUCUUCGAGCAUCAUCACUUUCAGAAUCAGGUCAGCUAGAACCCAGUAGUAGAAAGAAACUGGACUUUUGCCUUACUACUCCAAGUCCUACUUGUGAGGUUGGAGACACUCAAAACACAAUUCAUCACACAGACUGGGCAGCGGUGGUGGCACCGGUUGCCAAGGUUACCCAUGAAGUCACAUGUCCUCAGAUCGUUGAGAGUCUGCACCAGGCACUCUACAGCAGUCAACUACAACAGUGGAAUAAUAACACACAGAUGGCGACCAUUUUGUCAUCUGUUGUGUCCUGUGAGAAUGUCAGAUCUGACCGAUCCUUCACCACAUCAGACCCACUACACAAACCCAGGGAGGAGGAGCAUUUAACUACCAGGAACUCAGCCAAGAGUUUAGAGGUCGUCAUAACUCCCAUUCCAAAGGCUGUGUCUGAGGGUGACUCCAGUUUGGGAGAAACUGGGACACUGGUGGAGUCAACGUUCGUGCCCAUAGAGCUCCCUAGUGGAAGGAGGUCCCCUUGUCUAAUCACUGUAGCUGAUGUGAUUUGUAGUUUUAGUUCUGCAGACACACCUGAGAUGGUUCUCACUCCCAGUGGUGGUACCACAGCAGUGCCUACAGCAGCCCAGUAUUAUCCAGGUGUAUGGGGGAUCAAGAGGUACCAGAGUCCUCUGAACCCUCCACCAAUCCGGGCCCAAGGGGAGGCCUCCCACAGUCUUCAACAGGCCAACUCCUUUGAGCUAGAGGAGGUACAUAGUGCAGGGGAGGAAGACUUUGGACAGCAAGAAACCAUAAGAUCAACGUCUUUGUCACUGUCUACUGUCAAUCAAAACACUGGUCUGGUGAUUCGAGGGGACAGCAUGCAGUCAGACAGUAGUGGCUACGCUGAUGAAGACGUCAACUCUGCAGUCUACUCCACUGAAGGAGACAAGAGCUGACAGACAGACAAGGGUUGAGUUCCUGCCUGACUAGAGUCACAGGCAUUGCUUUGCAUCAACCAACGGUUGCGUGCCAUGUCAUCGACUGUGCAGUGGGGCAUCAAAUUGCUAUAUCAUAUGAUGUGGUUAGGUGAUGUGUUAAAUACCUGUCAAGGCAUUGUAGUCUGGCAGGAACUCGACCAAGGCUACUAGAACUAGACUCAGGGAACUCUGUGAGUAUUAUUUGUAUGAGUCACACAGAGAACAUCUUCAGCCACUGGAGGAAUAUUCAACAGAUACUGAUUGUUUGAUUAUGAAGUAUGAAGAGGUUUGGCUCUCUGUUAAUGUUAGUGUUAAUGACAUUAUGAAUCAGGUGGCAUCAGUCAGUGCAUUGUGAAUGCUGCCACUCAUAUGCAACACCAGUCCUUUGACUGAGUGCAGACAGAGUUGCGUUAUCCGACGGAAGGCAUUGACCUGGAGGGAUAGUCCACAGCACUGUUUCGUUGUGAAGAGAUUGUCCUCUCUCCAAGCAUAGUGUUGCUGUUGAUGACAAUCAUUAUUCGAUGUACUGUACAUAAGAUGCUACUGCUAUGCCUUUGUGAAAGCUUUGUGAAAGUCGUUAUUUAUUUAUCGGAU